GGUGGACAUCUAACCGUAGAGUGGAGUCAAACAGCUACCAGGAUGCAGCUGUGAGGAAGAGCUUUUAAAUAAAAAAUAAAAUCUAAAUCAUUUAAUCAGAUUGGACUUAUAUUAAUCAUUUUAUCGGACUAAGAUGGCACGUGGAGAAGGCGCCGAGCAGUACAACGCAACUUUACUAACGUCGACAAUCAAACCUAUGAAGACAGAAAUCAAAGCGAUCAAGCCAAAGGAACAGCGAAAGAGCGGGCUGACGGUGUGGAACAAACUGUGCUAUGCUUUCGGGGGAGCCCCUUACCAGAUAACAGGCAGCGCUCUGGGCUUCUUCCUCCAGAUCUACCUGCUUGAUGUGGCUCAGCUGGAUCCUUUCUAUGCCUCCAUCAUUUUGUUUGUGGGUCGGGCUUGGGAUGCUGUCACAGACCCCACUGUGGGGUUCCUGGUGAGCCGAAGCAGAUGGACUGGCAUCGGCCGCAUGAUGCCCUGGAUCCUUUGCUCAACUCCCUUUGCUGUACUCACCUACAUCCUGAUCUGGUACGUGCCUUCGUUUGAGGAAGGAAAGGUCAUCUGGUACCUGGUGUUUUACUGCCUCUUUCAGUCAAUGCAGACGUGCUUCCAUGUGCCAUAUUCGGCCCUCACCAUGUUUAUCAGCAAUGACCAGAAAGAGCGAGACUCGGCCACCGCCUACCGUAUGACGGUUGAGGUGCUGGGCACAGUGCUGGGAACGGCAAUCCAGGGACAGAUAGUAGGCGGAGUCUCCACUUGUCCCACUGAGCCUGAAGACCACAACAGCACCAACACCACCUUAAACACUACCAUAGUUUCACUGGAAGAUUCAAAACGAGCGUACUUGCUAGCUUCGGGAGUCAUCUGCAUCAUCUACGUCUUUUGUGCAGCAGUCCUGUUUUUUGGUGUGAAGGAGCAAAAAGGGAGCGGUCGGAAAACAUCAGCUCCGCCGCUCACCUUCCGCCAAGGCCUUUGGGUGAUUGUAAGUCAUGGACCCUACGUCAAACUGGUCAUUGGCUUCCUCUUCACAUCUCUGGCCUUCAUGCUGCUGGAAGGAAACUUUGCCCUUUUCAUCACUCACGCUCUGGGCCACAGGGAGGACUUCCAGAAUAUCUUGCUGGUCAUCAUGCUGUCAGGAACUUUAACAAUCCCGUGGUGGCAGUGGUUCCUGACUCGGUUUGGGAAGAAGACGGCGACUUACUGCGGCAUCUUGUGGGCGGUACCCUUCAUGAUCCUGAUAGUCUCCGUCCAGAGCCAUCUGAUCAUUUCCUAUCUGGUCUCGGUGGGGGCGGGUGUGAGCGUGGCGGCAGCAUUCCUCCUACCUUGGUCAAUGCUUCCAGAUGUUGUGGAUGACUUCAAAGUUCAAAAUCCAGACAUCCACGGUCAUGAAGCGCUCUUCUAUUCUUUCUAUGUGUUCUUCAUCAAGUUUGCCUCUGGCUUGUCUUUGGGCAUUUCAACUCUCAGUUUAAAAUUUGCUGGGUAUGUAACCGGCGGCUGUGUCCAGCCUGAGGCAGUCAGUUUAACCCUGAAGGUCCUGGUCUCUCCUGUGCCCAUCGUCCUCAUUAUCAUCGGACUUUUAGUGAUCUGGACCUACCCCAUCGACGAGGAAAGGAGGCAAGGCAACCGCAAACUCCUGGAGGAUUUGUUGGACUCGGAAUCAGAAUCGUCAGAAUUGGGAAGCAGCGUGUAGCAACUGCUUUGGACGCCUGUCAGGACUGAUAAACACGAGACCAACACAGCUGCCUUUUCACCAGCAUUAACCUGCUUUGUACCACAACUUAAGUAGGUUUGGGUUGCCCUCUAGUGGCCACAGUAUUUAGUUUUACAUUUUCCAGAGUUCAACUACAGCGAAACGUUUGUAUAAGAACCCAAAAGAACAUUGUUUCAUCACCAUGGAGCCAAACUGUCAGAAAAGCCUUUAUUUUUUCUCAUUCAUUGUUAAAUGAGGAAAUGUUUUUCCAAAGAUAUGUUGUUUACUAAGAUGUUCCACUAGUUUCUUUUUUUGUUGUUCCAAUUGAAACCAAAAUCCACCUCGUUUCCCGUUCUCACUCCUGCUUCCUGUUCUCACUCCUAUUUCCCAUUCUCACUCCACUUCCUUCUUCGUCUCCUUUACCUCCCUAAAUCUUUGGCUGACAGAUCUUAUCUGUUUAUUUGUUGUUUUUUUUAUUAUUGUUAUUUAACUUUGACUUCAUGGAGACAGGAAUGUGAUGUUACUUUUGAAGUUAGCUGUUUCUUUGGAUUUAUCUGUUGUUCACAGGGUUCAUAAACACUCCAUUUGUGAUUUUUCAAGAUCACCUCCUGUUUUUUUUAUAAUUCAAUGUUCUGAAGAAGACAUGUUUUUCUACCAAAUGAAGUACAAUCUGUAGUUAGGCUCAGUCACUUGCAGUUGUCGUGAGAUUUUAUCUUAAUUGAAGGAUCUUUUUGUAUCUGAUGAUGCAAAAAGUGGCCUUUUGAAUCCUUUGCAAUGAAGUUUUGAUCGCUUUUAGUUCGAUGUGUCAACAAGGUCAGCACCAGUAUAAGAGGUCAAGUUCUCAUAAACUAAGAGGGCGAGAGGCAUUAUUUAAAUAUUUAUUUAAAUGUAUUGUCUAAGAGAUUAUCCUUUGCUCCUAAAAAUGUAUUUUUUUUGUUAUUUAUCAACAACAGAGUGGACAGCGGCAAUACUGUCAGCCAAUGAUCUUUAAUUCUAAUGAGCAACUCAUUUCUGCGAAGGUUUAAGUCAUGAGUUACAAGCUGCUUUUUCAAGAAUGUGAUCAACCUAAAUGCUACUGGUAGGAUUCUUAGAAUUUUGAAAGGUACAUUACAUGUUCUACUGAGUUUGUUGGUGUUUUUGUACAAGCACAUUAUGAAGGAUCACAUGAUCUAAUCAGUUGUGUAUGCAUACGUGUGGCUGUGUGUAUAUAUUGUAAAUAUAAGAAAUGUGAGCAAUACUUAAAUUGUUGAAAGGAAAUCUGAAUGUAAAGUUUGAAAUCACUGAAUAAAAUUUGU